GUGAUUGCGUAUGUCCACUGACUGUGCUACUGCGACCAAAACGGGGGUAAGUUUGACCGCUGUCUUCUUUCCAAUUCUACACAAAUAUUAUCAUUUUCGUUUUCAUUAAAGCUACGCACCUUUUUAAUGCACUCGAAACGUUUCCUGUUAGCGGAGUUGUAUGAGUUUUAAAGACGUUCCAGGGCCAGAAAAUACUCCCCAAAACUCGGCUCCUUUGAGUCUGCGGUGGCUCACCAUUGCCUUUAGUUUAAAUACCGUUUCUCAAUACGUAAUUUUGUACAUUUAAAAAAAAAAAGAGUUUUAUUAUAUGAUAUUCAAAAAGUUGAUAUACAUACUAAAGCGUAGUUUAGCUGUUGACUGACGUUUUUAUAAUUGAAACGACUCUAUGUUGAGCGCGCGAGGUCUGGUUGUCAUGGUAACCAGUUCACACAGGCUGAGGGUGCAGUUUGGCAGUCAGUUGGAAGUGUGUCUUUUUUUUUUUUUUUUUUUGAAAUUUUUAAAAUAAUAUUCCCUUAAAAUACAAGAACAAUACGAGCCACUAAUUAUAGAUAUGUUUUCUAUUAAUCACUUGAAUUAAUUUGUCAAUUAAUGUUGUUUACAGAUAUCUAAUAAAUAAUGGCCAAUGUGUGAUGUUGAGCCAUCAUAAUGUGCAAUACAAAAGCAUAUUCGAAGAUGCUGAAAUACCUUGUUGUCUCUACCACUCACUUACUAUUAAUUUGGCUUCAGUCAUUAGAUUUUUUUUAAAGAAAAUUCAGUACUAAACACAACUUAAGAAUGUGAAACUAUCUUAAGUCUAAUAUAACGUCAGUGCUUUAGCGGCCUAUAAAUAAAAAUGUUUGACUUUUGUGGACAUUCUAAAACCACACAAGAAUACAUCGGUGGCAGCAGCUCAGGAGGGCGGUUUGGUUCCCCCCUCCCUAGCCUGCCUGUUGUGUCCUUGGGAAAGACACUUAACCCACCUUGCUCCCAGUGUGUAUCCUCCACUGGUGUAUGAUUGCGAGUGUGUUGUGUGGAGGUGGUCGGAGAGGCUGUAGGCGCAAACUGGCAGCCACGUUUCCAUCAGUCUGCCCCAGGGCAGCUGUGACUACUAUGCUAGUUUACCACCACCAGUGUACGAGUGUGUGAGUGAAUGAAUGAUGUAUCCAAUGUAAAGCGCUUUGAGGGUCUCUGAUAAAGUACUAUAUGAAAUCUGAUGCAUUUAUUUUAUUUAAUCUACACUGUUAGUGUAGUAAUUGAUAAAUUGACCCUAUUCUAGACAGUCAACUCAUAAACAUUGUUUUGUCAAAUUCUAAUGAAAUAAUAUCGGCUUAAGCUUCUUUGACGAUUUUUUAGCUAUCUAUGGAACAAACUGAAAUCGAUGUUGAUGCCUCUCUAUGAGCUACGAAAACAAACGAGACCACCUGCAUAAAAACUGACUAUUUCUACACUGUAAUUCAUAAUAAUUCCUGAAAAGUCUGCCAUGUGGAAGGAAUCAGAUAAGGCAAGUCACAUCACACAGAGGGAGGUGCUUUUUUUUAUAGAUUUUUUACAGCAAAUUAUCCCAACAAGGGACACAGAAACCUUGAGGUAGCACAAUGCUAGAUUGUAAAUCAUGGUGCUAUACAUAAGCUUAAUCGUGGUAUUUAUUUUAUUGACCUUGAUUCUCUUUUAUCAUACUCUCUUACUUUAUCAGUGUCAGAUAAAUAUGUCAGCUCUGGAGACCUUGUUGGAAGAUGGGCUCACAUCAGAGUUGAUGCUCCAACAGCAGCUGAAGACCCUGACAGAGGCUCUCAGAAAGCAGCUGCUGGAGGCACAGAAGAAACAGACAGAGGAGCUGGAGAGGAGGAUCCACCAAAAUGCUCUGCUGUCUAAAGAUGUUGUAAAAGAGGCUGGUGAUAGUAGAGAAAUGAAUCAUCACACCAAGUUGGUCUCUUGAGUUUCUUUUAUUUAUUUAUUUAUUUUAAUAAUCACAAGCUACCUGUUUUCUUAAAAUUUUCUGUUUUUUUUCCAGUAAUGAUGGAUCGAGGGGAUCAACACUCCAGCACCAAAAUACUUUACAUCAUCCCAAACAGUCAGGGAGGCUUAACUCAUCUUCUACAGCCUUAGUAUUUUCAAAAAACUGGAAAAAUGAUUCAAUCAGGACUUCCACUCCAACUCCUACAUGGCUAAGAAAAGAGAGGGAGGCUGAAGUUGAGUGUCAGAAGAAAUUCUGUGCUCACCCAGUCCCUAGCCAUGUCACUCAGCCUCUAUAUCAGGAGAUGGUGAAGCUGAGGGAAAAGGAGAGGAAGCAGGUUCAUGAGGAGAGGAAGGACUUCUUGCUUUCCAUUCAAAAACCUUUCAGCUUCCAGGAGAGGGACAAGGAGAAAAGGGAGAAACUGAUAGAGAUGCUAAGCCAGGUCUCACAGGAUCAGCAAAACAAGUUAGCUACUGUGAGGAAACCUCCAAACAAAGAGGCUCAAAAAUUGUUAGAUCCUGAACUUAAAGGUGGGUCUCCUUUGCUUGAAAUGAUGCCAGCUGUUUGGUACAAAAGUUAAAACUCCUUUUGCACUAAAAAACAAAUAUUCUGCCUACUUAAAACAAUACAUAGCUUAUUGGUAUCAAUCUGUCCUAGCCUGUGACCUUUUAAAGCCCAACAAACAUUUGUUUUUUUUAUAUGUCAAACUAAAUCACAGUGAAAUCACAGUCUAUGUAUAGACCAGGUCUAGACAGUAAUCUAGGCUACAGCAAUAAAAAUGUCCUUAACAGGCAGAAUCCGCAAGCAUUAGACUAAUAACAGAAGCAUGACUGAUGGUUGUGCUAUGUAGCUGGGUUAAACUUGAUUAAUUAAAACAAAAACAAUGAAAACAAAGGAAGUAAAGCAAGUCGAGGUCAGGGCAAUUUCUAACAACACUCAACAGGAACUCGAAGAGAGGACAACAAGACUCAAAGGUCUACAUUCUGCUUUUACAGGAUAUGAACAUAAACAAUCUAAGGCAGACAGAAGUAGGGAAGGAGAAGAGAGAAGCAGGUAUCAUGAUCCCCAGCAGUUUAAAAAGCCUGUAACAGAACAAGGAGAAGCUAGUCUGAGGCAAGCCCAGGCCAGUCCCCGAGAAAUCAAAAAGGAACAUUUCCAGUCUAACAGAAAAUAAGGGGUGGUGGUAGUCCUGACUCAGAGGGUCAGAUGAGAGCCUUAUUGGUAAAGUAAAAGAUCCACCUCCCAUACUAGAGACUUGAGGUACCACCAAUAGGCAGUCAAAACACAUUUGUCACUACUUACAACUACUUAUAAUGACACAGGAUUUUGUGGACCUUAUUUAAAGGUUCAUGCUUUUAAGUUUCGCUGACAUAUUUAAAGAAUUCAAGAUAUAUUUUCUGUAUAUGGCUGAUAGGCAAAAAAAAAAAAAACCAGCAAAUAUUAUUUUCCAAAUAAACAGUUUAUGUGGUGUCAAAAGAAGAAAUGUUUUACUUAUUUUUUUAAAUUUUUAAUCAUGACCAGAAUAGAUCAAAAUUGGCUUCUCAGAAUUUAUAAACAGACAUAAACAAGGCUUUAUUUGAGUUACAAAAGGAUACGUGUAUUUAAAAAAAUAGAGGAAAACCUAUUGAAUGUUGAUAUUGGAUGCAUGUAUGCUAUAGCGGGAUGUGGGAUGACCUCACUCUUUUUCUACUUCACUAUUUUUCUGUCCAGAUCAGGAUCUUAGCACACAAAUCACCACUCUAACAACAGUCCCUCAAAAGAAUCUUGCUGUGUCUGGCAGCCCCAAGCUUCGCACUGCCGACCGCACCAGAAAAGAAAAGUUGGGAUUCCUGGAUGAGAAGCCCAGCUUCCAUCCCAAAAUCAAACAUCAGGUCCCAGAUUUCAGCAGGCUGCACAGAGCUUUGCAGACAGAGGGGCUGAGACGAACUCCGAGUAAAGAUGGGAUAAAAUGUCAGCCUUUUUUUCUGAGGACAUCAGCACUUCCUAUGAGGCAAAGUAGGAUGAGUCCUGAAACCACACAGGUAAUUUAUUUUUAUUAGCCCAGAUAAAUUGUUUUGUUGCAUUUAAAUUCCGAGGGAAUAGUUAUUUGUUCAUAGCAGAUUUGUUGGUGUUUGUUGAAACAUGAAAGUCAUUUAAUGUUUUUAUUAUAUUUUGUGCAUUUGAUUGAUCUGAUUAAAGCCUUAGAGCUGUUGUGGUCAUCCCCUUUUAUGAUGAUAAUUAAGCUAAGCAGUCAUUGUUCAAUUACAAGUAUAUUUUUGAGAAACAUAACGUAAAAAAUGCAAAUAACAAGCCUACAAAGAGCCUUUGCAGGAUUUAAGUAAGAAGAUAUCCAGGGCUACGGGCACCACAUGGCCUCAUGUUACAAUUUUAUUUAACUGCUCUAUUUGAUGGAUGGUUGCAGGGACACAUCCACCUACCACUUUAACAAGUCAGAGAACCAAUGUCUGUCUUUGAAGGCUUCCAGAUGAAAAACAUUGUGGAUUAUCUAAGUCUUUGCUGUUUGAAAAGGCUGCUAUCACUUUGUUUGAACAACUUUGACACUUAAGUUUUUGUAGACCACAUACGGUAAAUUUCUUUGAUGGAUUUUAGUGGUCCCUUUAUGGUUAGAAGUGCUUCAUAUAAAAGUGAUGAAGGGCUUUGACCUGGUCGAAUAUAGCUCUCUAUUUUAUGCCUUUGUGCAUAAUUUCUUGGGUUAUAAAGAUUUAGUGAAUGGUUAAAGUUUUCCCUUGUCACAUGUGUUAUUUUUGAGGCUGUUUAAAUCACUCCCCUCAGUUGUGGAGCUGCAAAUCUAUUUAAAAUCAGACCAGUAAGCCCUCUUCACAGAGGAAAUGUUCCCCUCCCUUUAAAGUUGUAUUUCAAACUUUCCCCACCUCAUAAUUUAUCAAAUUUAACCCAGACGCAUAGAACAACCAUGUAGCAUCUGAUCACUUUUUUGGUUGUCUGUUCCCAAGGGGAAAACAUUUGUUUAUGAGAUUCAUUGCAUAUUAUUUUCUGCUCACUGCAGGGUUUUGUUCUAAGUGAGCUCUCAUCAUCUAUCCUUCACAGAUACCAAGAACAAGUAACCUCAAUAGAAGCAAAUCAGUGGGAGCAUUAACAUCACUAUCCACAGACACACUCCCCACAUACAUCACAGAUGCUGCCAGAAAGCGUUGUGCGGCUAUCAGGUGACUUUUUGGUGUACCUUUAGACAAUAGAAUCCUCCUACAUGAAUAUGUACAACAACCAGCCAUGACACCUGGCAAUCUAAUAGGGCCCAAAACAACCGCUCUAACACAAAUUCUACUUUUAUGAGGCUUCUAUACAUUCAGUUUUGUCGAAACGGUCAAAUAGGGGAUUAUUGUUCAUUGGAGAAGAUGACAUAUUCCUGCCCAGGCUUCCUGAAAGUAGAAUUCCUGGUCUUGGAUCCAUCAGAUUGCCCAGGUGUUCAUCAUAUUAUGGCUGUCAGUGUACCCUGAAGCUUACAAAGUUAAAUUCUCCUAAAUGCAUUUUUUUAAAACCUCUACAGAAAGUCAGUAGAGAUGAGAGAGAAGAAGAAUCAGGAGAGUGCAGACUGGUUGAAAAAGUACCAAACAAAGUCCCAUGCCAUGAAAAUGGCAGUCACUCUUCAUGCAAAGCUGCUGGACCCCCACAGCAGCCUGAAAGAAGUGUGUGAUGAAAAACUGCAGCGGCAUUGGUGAGUGCUGGUCAAGUAAGGCCACUUGUUUUUCCAUUUUUGUGACCUUUGCAAUUCCCAUCACAACAACCACAACAGCUCCAACUGUAAUCGUCUCAUACAUGAAGGCUGGCUGACCAACAAAGGAUGAGAGAGUACACGAGGGAGUUACGGGACAUGAAGGCACGCGUUAGUGAACGCCCUUAUUUGUUUGAACAGGUGACCCAGGUAAGCUGAGCUGUAAAAUGAGCACUUCAUCAUCUUGGUUCUAAUGACAUGCCUGGACAGUGUAACUUUGGGUUUUUCCUUACAGAAAAGUGCAAAAGCACAUGCAGAGCAGACGUACAGGAACAAGCUGGAGAGAGCUGGACUAAAGGAGCAGUUUGUUCAAGAAAAAGGAGAGACGACCUCUAGAUCUGAAACAGAAGAAACAGACGACGUUCAAAGCAGGUAUGCAGGAUGGGAAAUUCAAGCAAAUUUGUUUUACAUCCACCAUGUAAUACCACUGUGUCCGGUAAAAAUAUGAAUAGCACUGGUACUUCAGAGCCAAGGACUUCAUGUGGUUAAGUCGUAUUACAUUACAUAAUUCUCUGAGCUUGUCCUGCUAGUCUUCAGUGAAGAAAAGACAAAUACUGCAGCCAAGCAAAAGUUUGACAUAAUUACAAUAUAGCCAUUUUCUAACCCAACAUGUCUGAUUUAGGGAUGAAAAUGUAGACGACGGAGAGAAAAUUGAAGAUGUGGAUGAGAAGAGCGUGAAGUCCAAAGAAGAAAUGCCAUGAUCAAAAAGGGUUUAGGCGGCACAGAGUUUUUUGUGGCCUCCCCGCUAGAAAACAACACUGUCCUCAAAAAUGAUUCAUGUCACGGCUGACUGUCCGCAGCAAGCGUUUGGUAGUUUAAGACUUCCAGCUAUAAAUUAUCAUAUUAUAAAACAUUCUGGACUUUACAAUCACAAUUUUUUGGCAGUGCAGCCUAAGGAAAAAAAGUUUAUAGAACCAUAUAUGUUAAGGAGUAGGAAAUAUUUUAUAUGCUUCAAGUUUUUUAGAUACAUGUAUGUACUCAACCUAUACAUAUAUUUAUAUGGGAUCUGGGUAAGGUUUUGAGCAGAAUACUUUUAAAAUAAAAAAAAAUCUACUUUUGGUUUCACAGCCACAGUUUUUCUCAAGAAUACAAACUCUGUAAUUUUGGGAAUUAUGAUACUUGGUUACCAGAAUAAACAGCUACAACAACAGAA